CUAUUGCUAUGAAGCUCUCGCCUAUCUCACUUUAAUGUUUUUCGAAGUCCGACUGUGAAUUCAAUCUUCAGAGGGAGGCCUGACGUCAACUAUAACGUCUUACCACGACGGCAUUAUGCUUCUUGUCUCUUCAAUAUUCUUAUUACUGUACAGAAAUAGUCCAAAAGUGGAAGCAAGUAGGAGCGAACCGGUGCCAAUUUACCUAGAUAAUCUUCUCAAUGCUGGAAGACAAGUAUACGAUAAUCAAUCUCCACCGGUACAGCAUGAUAAAGAGGAAGUGACCGUCGUCGAAUUGGCAAUGUACAUUGAAGGAAUGUCAUCGUUUCGAACACAAACUAUGGAUUUCCAGCUUGAUGUGUAUUUCCAGCAAUUCUGGAGGGAUCCACGACUGGCACACAAUGAGACUCGACGUGUCCUUGUGAAAGAUAAAGCGGUUCUACACAAGAUGUGGAAACCCGAUGUUUACUUCGCGAAUGCACGAAUCGCCGAAUUUCAUGAGGUCACCCAACCGAACUUCCUGGUAUGGAUACAGCCGGAUGGUUCUAUUCUUUAUGAUACCCGAAUCUCGAUGGUUGUAGUGUGUACUUUGAACCUGGAAAAGUGGCCUCUGGAUUCACAACGGUGUCACUUGCGCAUUCUGAGCUAUGCCUACACAACAGAGCAGCUGGUCAUCAAAUGGAAAGAGGACGAGCCAAUCACCAGAAAUCCGAAUAUUGCAAUGUCUGACAUGCAUAUAGUCGAUUUGUACCCGGGCCUUUGUGACGGAAAUUACUCUACUGGAACAUGGAGUUGUGUGACAGCUGAGUUUUUUGUCAAGCGAGAAAUCACACAUCAUGUAAUGCAAUCAUAUGUGCCAACUACAUUAAUUGUGGUUAUCUCAUGGUUCAGCUUCUGGCUCGACGUAGAGGCUGUUCCAGCGAGAGUAUCACUUGCUAUCACUACACUCUUAACAUUAUCAACGCAAGCAAACGCAGCGAGAAUGGCACUUCCUGAAGUCAGUUACAUGAAGGCCAUCGACGUCUGGAUGGGCGCUUGCAUGAUGUUUGUGUUUGGAGUCAUGAUCGAGUUCACAAUUGUCAACUAUGCACAAAGACAAGGACGCAAAUGGCACCGCACUGACGCAGAAAUUGUUAUGGCUUCGUCAUUGGAAUCCGUUAAAAGCGGGAAUGCAGAGAAAAAGCCAUCAAGGGGAGAUUUAGGUGCACAUGCCAGACACCUAUUUCUCAGACUUCGAACAAACGAACGUCAACAUUUGGUGGAGGAUCCACCUGAACAAAUAGCAAUGAAUGACACGGCUUAUGAUACGGUCAGUCAAGCGUACAGUAACAGCUUCUCUGACGAAGAGGCUGCUCCAGUUGUACAACCACCACAAAAUGAAGACGCUGAGGCCCAAGAAGAAGUUUGGGCAGAACAAAAAGAAACGAAUUUAAGCGAAGUAUGGAAGGAAAGCGAUCCCGCUGAACGUCUUGCACACUGGAAUGAAAAAGAGAAUGAUGCGAGUUCCCCGUUAAUGGGAAAUGGAAGAGCUCAUGUGAGAUAUGGCGCCGCAGAAAAGAUGAAAAACCGAAAAUGCAAUGAUAGCAGCAGGAAAAAGGAGAAAUGGAGCUCCGCUAUCAAACAAAUUCAGAAACACAAAAAAAUUGCCGGUAGGAAUCGAGCGAAGAAAAUCGACCAAACAAGUCGAUGGAUUUUUCCAUUAACGUUUAUAAUUUUUAAUCUGACCUAUUGGAUUUAUUAUCUUUAUUGGAAAGAGUAGAAACCACUAUUCAACAAUUUUUAACCUUUUAUCCAAAUUGUAUGAAAAAAUCGAUGUUUUUUUUUCGUCAAACAAUAUCUCAAAUCCACGAGUUUUUUUUCCAAUUUUUCUUUGAUGUAAUUUUGAUAUCACCAAACCAAGUGUAUAAUUUUUCAUAUUUCACAUCCCAUUGUUUCUGUGUUUUUAUUGAUUAUCCCAAUAAACUAUUCCAU